GUGCCAUUGUGUGUUGGACAUAAAGUUGUCUAAUGGCCUAUGCUUUAUUCCAUACGUUAGUUCUCUCCAAGAUCAAAAACACGUUUGUAGGCCUAAUGGUUGUUGUGACUGCUUGUGAUGGAUGUUUACGUUAGUAAGUCUUUGUCGUAAUUAUUUUCAGGACUGAGGAGGAAGAGCAGCAGGAGGAGGGGGGUGAAAAGUAUUUUGGUGCAGCUGGGUUUUCUUUUUCUUUUUUGUUAAUGAAAAGCGAAGAGGCAGGAGGCAGGCCCGUCGCGUGUGUCGGCUCUGGCUGGUGUCCGACCCGAGGCUCAUCAUCUCGCCUGUUGGCGCAUGCAGGUGGCACCGGACCCGCGAGAGGAUUAUGACCCUGGAAGGAGAGCUCGAACUCAUGGAGAGGGCAGAUGCCGACGUGGAUGGAAAAGGGAACAAAGCUACACGGAACGAGGGGUAUGUAUCAUUAACCAAAGAAGACGGGGCCGAUUUGGAGCAGCAAGGCGCUGCGUCCUUGUCUCCAAAACAGCCAGCGAAGGAUACGGAGGAUGAGGGUGAAUUUACGCCGAACUGCACAGAGAGAAUCGCUGCCUCGGUGAAACCUCCGUACUCCUACAUCGCUCUUAUCACCAUGGCAAUCCUCCAGAGCCCGAAGAAAAGACUGACUCUCUCGGAGAUAUGUGACUUCAUCAGCCAGCGCUUCACGUAUUACGGGGAGAGGUUCCCGGCGUGGCAGAACUCCAUCCGCCACAACUUGUCCCUCAACGACUGCUUCGUCAAAAUGCCCCGGGAGCCCGGUAACCCCGGAAAGGGGAACUACUGGACGUUAGACCCUAUGUCGUCUCAUAUGUUCGAGAACGGGAGCUUCCUACGGCGGAGGAAACGUUUCAAACGGCAGAAUUACCGAUUUGGGAUGAUGGACACCCGGUGCCCGCUCGAGCGCAGCAGCAUGCUCCCUGGAUUUUCGUUCUACGGGACGAACGGAAUAGGGCCGUGUCAUUUUCAGGUACCCGGUUUGGAAUUGUACCGUCACUUGGGCAUCGAACAUCAUUCUGUUUCUAACCAAAGCAUCCCACCAGUGAGCAGCAUCUUGCCCGCGCUCUCCUCACUUCUAUCAAGGAAUUCGAACGUUGUCCAAAAGACAUUUCUUCCACAUCCGUCUCUUAGCUUUGAGAAUUUCGAAACGACGCGCCGCUCAGCCUCGACAGUGGGCCAAGCUUUGGUCCCCGGAUCUUCAUUUCUGUCCCCGGCUUCGCUCCAUUCAAUGGGCGCUCCGCAUCUCUGGAGCUUUCAUCCCGAGUACCACAAACUACGCUCUCUCCCCACCUCCAGCCGUAUAGCAAAUGAACUCUUGCAGCAACUUGGUGACAAAUAGCUUAAUCAAUAGUGUUUUCUGUAUUGACGAGGAUUCAUCAGGGAAAACCACCUUUCAUAGAUUUGUAUCUAUUCAAUUAAACAAAUGCUUCAAAUGAAAAAAAUAUGUUUUAAAGAUGUGUCAAUUGAGUCAACAUUUUUAACAAUGUUAGUGACCAACCCCAAAAAUAUGUUUUAAAGAUGUGUCAAUUGAGUCAACAUUUUUAACAAUGUUAGUGACCAACCCCAAAAAUAUGUUUUAAAGAUGUGUCAAUUGAGUCAACAUUUUUAACAAUGUUAGUGACCAACCC